AUGCACGCCAACGUCUUCUCCAAGGCUGCCAUCCUGGCGAUGGCUGCAGUGGCUUCCACCGCUCCUGUCUCGGCAGGGGAGGGCGACGUUGAAGCCCGCCAGCAGGGCAACUUCGUCAACUUCUUUGACGGUCAGAAUGAUUUCUUCAAGAAGCAAAUCUUCGACGAGCAGCCAGACGACUUCAAGAGGCCGGGGUUCGACCGGCCCCCCAAGAGGCCAGUCUUCGACGGCCCUCCUCAGGACGGGCCCAAGAAGCCGACCCCUGGCGGUCCCAAGGAGAAGCCCGCUCCCGAGGCUCCCAAGGAGAAGCCCGCUCCCGAAGCUCCCAAGGAGAAGCCCGCUCCCGAAGCUCCCAAGCCGAAGCCGGCCCCCGAGGCCCCCAAGGAGAAGCCGGCCCCCGGAGGCGACUUCAAGAAGCAGAUCCUUGAUGCGCAGAACUGGUACCGCGCGCAGCACUCUGCCCCGCCUCUGGAGUGGGACGACAAGCUGGCCCAGAACGCGCAGGCUUGGGCCUCAAAGUGCUCUGAGAACCCCCGUCACCAGCCCAGCCAGCCUCACGGUGAGAACAUUGCCUGGGGCACCGGCGAGCGUCAGGCUGGUUUCUGGGCCAAUCUUUGGGGCAACGAGCGUGUCAAGUACAGCUUCGACGCACCCAGCUUCACUGGCGAAACCGGCCACUUCACGCAGCUCGUGUGGAAGUCUACCACCAAGGUGGGCUGCGCCGAGGCCAAGUGCAACUACGGAACCAACGUCGUCUGCGAGUACGACCCCGCGGGCAACGUGAUGGGCGGAUCCAACUUCAAGAACAACGUCCUUCCGCAGACCUCGGGCAAGGUCAGCGACCAGUACCCCGUCUAA